GUGACCAGGGAGCCAAACAGUAACGGGAGGGCAGCUGCCCCAGAGCCCAGCACCCGCCCCGUGACAAUGGCACCUGGCAGGGAAAAGCUGGGCAAGAGCAGCAAUGCCCCCUCGCGCCAGCAGCUCCUGAGAGAAGAGGAGCUGGUGAAGAAGGAGGCUGCCUACGAGAACCUGGUUAAAAGCUGGGAGUGGGGCCGAGUCCUCUGUGUGCAGAGGGAUAAGCAAGAGGAGAAGAGAGUGGUGAGGGGCUGCCAGAACCUGUGGGCAGGCAUCACAGAGGAGCUUCGCUUCGCUAACAAGGCGCUGCUGAUGGUCCGGCGCGCGGCCCUGCGCUACCUUCUGCACUGCGAGCACCAGCAGCUCCAGCGCGAGCUGAACCACGGUGGGAAGUCCUUCUAUGUGGAGAGGCUGUGAGCACCCAGCUUUGGGGAGCAGUGUCUUACCCACACCGGCCCCCUCGCUCACCAAACUGCGACCCACUGCGGCCCAGGUUUCCAUGGAACCCCAGACUUUGCACCUGACAGCACUUCCCCAUCCUGCCCCAGAGCCGCCUUCCCGAC